UUAUUAUUUAGGUGGAGUAAUAUUUGCUGCGUUUUAUAUGCUAUUACACACACACGCACUCAUAAAGGAACUCAUUUAAGAUGGCGAGUAUCUCAUCUACUAUACUCACUUAGCGCCAAAACUUCCAUGGUGUUUUGACAGUUAUUAGUUUUUCUACAAGUGUUUUAAGGGAUAUGGAGGACAUAGGGCGAUUAAAAAUACGCAGUAUUAGUGAACUAAUAGAAGUAAAAGUAAUUAAACAAACAAAAGCAGAUAAAUCAGCAAAAGCUACUAGAAAAAAAUCAACGAAAAAUGAUCAAAAUAAUUUUCAAGUCUCUUUGGAUGUUGGUAAUGGGAAUAUCAUAAAUAUCAAUACACCAUUAACAAAUGACAAAAAGAUAGAUAGUGAAGGAACAAUAACAAAGAAGCCCAGAACAAAGAAAAAGGAAUUACCCCCUAGUCAAACACGGAUUAAUAGUUACUUUAAAAGUAGUACCAAAAACUUUGUCGUAAAUCAUGAUUUAGUGCCGACAACAUUUGAAAAAGAAAACAAACAAGUAACAAGUGUAAGGAAAAAUCCCAAAAGAGAGUGCAAUGUCAAAAGGAAAGGUCGUAAGCGUUUAUUUGUUGAUGACACUGAGUCGGAUGCAACAACAACAAGUGCAGUUGUUGUUAAUGCUAAUAAACCCAAACGGAAAACACCAGUCAAAUCGAAAGCUAAAAAUGCAGAUAACGCCGCAACUACAACGGCCAAAAAGGCUCCAGUGAGAAGCACACGUAAGAAAAGUGCAACCAAGGGAAAAGAAACAUCAGUGAAUGUAGUGGAUUGUAUUGAUCUAUGCACAGAUGAAGAAUCUAAUCAGCCACUAUUGCCACUAAGAAGUAUUAAAAGCGACCCAUCGCUACAAAUCAGUGCUAAUAACACAUCUAUUAAUCAAAACAAUGAAACUCUGGAAACGAAACUAACUACGGAAAUAAAAAUAACUACACAGGAAAAAACAGCAAAUUUAAACCCAAGAGAACCUAUGGUUUCAAUUGAAGUAUAUCCUGAUAACUACAAUAUGCUAAACGGUAAGGAAGCUUCCGACGCAAAUGUUUUGGCAGAAGAGCAAAGCAAUGGCAAACAGACGCGUAAAAGAAAGCCGCGUGUUAUUCCAAAUUAUAAAACCAUUGAACAUACCACAUUCGCAGUUGAUGCUUUUCAAUUUGGUAAAAUUCCGGGGGUUACGCAUUAUUUCUUAACGCACUUCCAUGCCGAUCAUUAUGUGGGUUUAACAAAAAAAUUUGCGAUGCCUUUGUAUGUGACGCCUAUAACACGUCGUUUAGUUCAAAAGUUUAUAGGCACUGAUGAAAAAUAUCUUCAUGAGCUUGAAUUAGGGGUACCGCAAACUAUUAAUGAUGUUGAGGUAACCGCUAUCAAUGCAAAUCAUUGUCCUGGUGCUAUGAUGUUGGUUUUCAAAUUAACUGAUGGAAAAUGCAUUUUGCACACAGGAGACUUCCGUGCUUGUGCAGAAAUGGAAUCGGAACCCAUAUAUUGGAAUAAUGAUAUCGAUACAAUAUAUUUGGAUACAACUUAUUUGAAUACAGACUAUGCACUUUGUCCACAACAUGAAAGUAUUUAUAAAACUAUUUCACUCAUAGAGGAGUUCCAACAAAGAAAUAUGUACAAACGGAUCUUAUAUGUGGUUGGCACUUAUGUGAUUGGUAAAGAAAAAUUCUGGUGUGCAGUAGCAAACCACUUUGAUUUAAAAGUUUGGGCUGACCCUAAUCGAAGAAAAGCAUUAGACGCUAUGCAAAUAGAAAAAUUUACUUCUCGUUUAUGUGAUAAUCCUUGUGACGCUGAUAUGCAUGUUAUUCCACUGGGUCAAACAGGAUAUUUAAAACUUUAUGAAUACUUUCGUCAGUAUAAUGAUAAAUAUGAUAUAUUGCUUGGCUUACGUCCUAGUGGUUGGGAAAUAAGUAAAAAGCCACAAUAUGGGAAAUUAAUUAACAUAUUUGCAAUUGAGUAUUCGGAACAUUCAAGUUAUUUUGAAUUGGAGCGGUUUGUCAAAUUUUUAAAACCCAAAAAAGUUAUAAGCACUGUACCUACUGGUCAUGGUAACAGCGCAACACCGAAUGUACCAGAGAAAUGGUACAAAUACAAAGAAACGUAUGGCAGUAUGCAGCGAAAAUUUCAAACUUCUAUAACAACCUUUUUAAAACCGAAAAUAAUUGAUGGGAAAAAUAAAAGUUUUAGUAACAAAGAUUCUUCAAAUAUGGUUGUAUCACCAAAUCAUUCUAAAAACAGUAGUAAAUCUGGGCCAAAAGAACAAGAUGUGGAAAAUAUAAGAAACAGAAGUAAAUUAGUGCAGAAUGAAAUUUUGAACUUCACUGAACCUAUAACUAUACCUAAUACAGAUGAAAUUAAAAUUGCUGACAUAAUUACACUAUCCUCGGAUACAAGUAGUUCUGAAGAAGAAUUAAAAAACUGUGUUAAAAUGAUGCACUCAGCUACAGAUAAGCGACUUUCAACUCCUCCCCCUUCGAUUUCAACAUUGGUUUGGCUAUCAAAUUUAAAUACCGAAACAGAUGAUGAUUUUCUGAUAUAGCAUAGAAAGAAUGAAAUAAUUUUAAUUAAAAUUAUUGAUUUGCUUUAAUAAAUAUUGUGUAUAUUUCAU